AUGUUUACUCCUAUCCUUCGGGCUUUGAGGAUUCUCAACGAAGCGCCAGAGAACGACGUCUCUCUGCCCAUAAACACGCAUGCUUCUACAGCUACGCCGGAGAAUGGUCCGACAAAUAUAGAAACGCCCUCGGAUGCUGCAAACGAUGGCAAAAAGGUUGGCGUUGGUCGCAAACGAGAUCGCCAUAUGAACAACAUACCCAGAUUACAUAGUCUCAAGCGGUCGAUGACUAUCUCGUCUCCAUCUGCCUCUGCGUCCCACGACCUUAUCCCGAACUUCUUCAUAUACAGACAGGACGGUACCAAGGUCCCUCUGAUACCGUUGGACGAGUUACCACCUGGCCUGAGGAUCGGGGAGCAAAAUUGGUUCCAUCGUUUCUGGCUAGGGUAUAUGAUUCCCGCUUCGCUCAGCAGGUAUACAAAGAGGGGGGAGUAUGAAGUCACCAUUCAAGCCGGUGCACAGCUCAAACCGCAAACAUCGAGUACAGUGGGAGGUAGAACGUCCGCAGGCCGGGAGCAGGGUGACCCCAUUGUCGAACGCUACCGUUGUGUGGGUAGUAGGCACUGCGAAGAGGAUGGCUGUGGUGACUACCCGUGUCACCUUGAUAGGAAAACUCCUCUUGAAUCUCCUUUAUUGACACCGCAAGAUCUGAAAAGGAGUCGCAGUCAAGUGCCGCUCACUCCGCCAAACUCGUUGGCCACGCCUCUGUCAGGGGCCCAAAGCAUCAAGUACAAAGGCGGCAGGGCCGACGUCCAUAGUCCUGACCAGGACAUAGAUACCCUCGGUCUCCAAAGGGGUUUGGAUAGUCUGGCUCGUCAACAAUCAGCCUCAUCGCAAGGCAGCGAAUCAAACUCUCCGUAUCUAUUGGAUCUUGACUCCAUAAAGGGGACUUCAAGCCAUACUCCCGCAACACCAGUAGACCCAAAUGACACUGGGGGAGAAAAUUUCGACGUAUUGACGCUUUCGAAUAGCGUGCCACCACGGUUAGAUACAGAGGAAGAGCCACAGGCUUCCCGCAGAUUGACAUUUCCUUGA